AUGGGUCAGGGUGCAUGGACUGCGCAGAAUGUGACCGACAGGGAGACUUUGAACGGCGGCUAUAUCGUCAAAUCCAAUGCGUUUGACGGGCCCAAGAUCGAGAAUACCCUAGACUUCUUCUUCGCUCAUCAGAUGGACAAGCGGGUCCUAGCCGUCACUCGACAACUUUCCCUGUCUCUCGGGCGCAGCCGUCGAGCAGCCGAGCCAGAUGCGUCAAUAAGAUUAGACACCCUCGAAAAUGCACACUCGAGAGCGCCCAUGCGGCAUUUCGCAGUCUUCGUGAUCACUCCCGCGUAUAUCCCGCAGGAGGCCUUACAAGUUACGGAUAGUCGUCGGAGAGGCCCUUGUCAUUGUGAUUACUCGCAAAUUGAGCAUACUCUGGGACCGGACUCGCGGAAGAAUCUGGCUGACCGCUACUGGAAGGCCAACCAUGCUUCAUGCAAACAUACGCACCCCUACCUCCACAACCCACGGUUCGCCGGGUCCGAUACCCUCUGCUAUUGCACAAUCCUGAAUCUGGGGAACCAUGCCUUCAGGAACCUUGGAGAUCAUCCUCUGCAGACCAUGGACAAGCUACUGCAGGAGUGCCUGGUGGUUUGCGACUGCGAAAACGAUGCCGCCUCAUUGAUCGACGUGAUCAAAGACCAUCUUUUGCGGUGUUCUGUGAUGCCAAAACAUAUCUCAGCCUGUAGUGUUGCCACUGGCCGGGAGUACCGCCGAAAGACAUUGUUUCAUCUCAGGUUUUCGGGGAGGCCAUUGUUCCCUGUAGUGGCGCGUGUAGUCGGCAUUAGAGAGAGAGUAGUCUUCUCUUCAAAAUCCAACGGUAUGCAGGAGCAGGCACCCGCUCCAGGCCAGCGAGGAAGGGCGCCUAAGAGUGAGGUGCUGUCGGCUGACCGGAUCGAGCAUACCACACCUUAG